AUGGCAAUGUGGAGGCGACGACAGCGUGGAUUGGGCGUGAGGGUACAUUUGUCUUCAUCUUGUCUCCAACGCUGGACGCGCGCGUUUUCUGCAUGGCUCACCUCAAUCUGGCAAACUGGGCUGCCCCACUUGCACUUAUGCUUUGAGCCGUGCGCACCCCGCCAACGUCAGACACAACUUUACGGACUUGGCCAUGCUACACCCAUGUACAAGCCUCUUGGG